UUGAAAAGCUCCGUGACGACCAAAGAUGGCCGCGCCCAUGUACCCCCGGCGCAAGCGGUGACCUCUCUUACUCCUCCUGGUCACCUGGGCCCUGCGGCGGCAGGCUGGGCACGAACGACCAUGCUGGGCCGGACCCUCCGAGAAGUGAGUGGAGCUGGCUGCUGAGGGCCCGUGGACAAGGAGCCCCCGGGUCUGACCGCGCGUCUUGGCACCACCUCUUUUCGUGCCACCGCUUUGUGCUGUCGUUGAAUGAGCCCCUGUGAGAAACAACUUUUGCCUCAAGCGGGAGAAAACUAGUUUAGGAGAGCUGACCUACGGUUUCUGCAGCACUGAAACAAGGCCAAAUUACUCCAACAGAGCUCUGUCAAAAAUGUCUCUCCCUUAUCAAGAAGACCAAGUUUCUAAAUGCGUACAUUACUGUAUCAGAAGAGGUAGCCUUAAAGCAAGCUGAAGAAUCGGAGAAAAGAUACAAGAAAGGUCAUUCACUUGGGGAUUUAGAUGGAAUUCCUAUUGCAGUAAAAGACAACUUUAGCACAUCAGGCAUUGAGACAACAUGUGCAUCAAACAUGCUGAAAGGUUAUGUACCACCUUAUAAUGCUACAGUAGUUCAGAAGUUAUUGGAUCAGGGAGCUGUCCUGAUGGGAAAAACAAAUUUAGAUGAGUUUGCAAUGGGAUCUGGAAGCACAGAUGGUGUAUUUGGACCAGUUAAAAACCCCUGGAGUUAUUCAAAACAAUAUAAAGAAAAGACGAAGCACAAGGCCCAUGGUGAGAAUGAGGAUUCAAAUUGGCUUAUAACUGGAGGAAGCUCAGGAGGGAGUGCGGCGGCAGUAGCAACGUUUACAUGCUUUGCGGCUUUAGGAUCAGAUACAGGAGGAUCAACCAGAAAUCCAGCUGCCCACUGUGGGGUUGUUGGUUUCAAACCAAGCUAUGGCUUAGUUUCUCGUCAUGGUCUCAUUCCCCUGGUGAAUUCAAUGGAUGUGCCAGGAAUCUUAACCAGAUGUGUGGAUGAUGCAGCAAUUGUGUUGGGUAUGCUAGCUGGGCAUGACCCCAAAGAUUCUACCACAGUUCAAGAUCCUGUUAAACCAUUUACACUUCCCAGUUUGACAGAUGUGAGCAAACUAUGUAUAGGAAUCCCAAAGGAAUAUCUUACACCAGAACUAUCAAGUGAAGUGCAAUCUCUUUGGUCCAAAGCUGCUAACCUCUUUGAGUCUGAGGGGGCCAAAGUAAUUGAAGUGUCCUUGCCCCAUACCAGUUACUCAAUUGUCUGCUACCAUGUAUUGUGUACAUCAGAAGUGGCAUCAAAUAUGGCAAGAUUUGAUGGGCUAGAAUAUGGUCACAGGUGUGACAUUGAUGUGUCUACUGAAGCCAUGUAUGCUGCAACCAGGCGAGAAGGGUUUAAUGAUGUGGUGAGAGGAAGAAUUCUCUCAGGAAAUUUUUUCUUAUUGAAAGAAAACUAUGAGAAUUAUUUCAUUAAGGCUCAGAAAGUGAGACGACUCAUUGCUAAUGAUUUUGUGAAUGUUUUUAACUCUGGAGUGGAUGUCUUGCUGACUCCCACCACCUUAAGAGAGGCUGUACCAUACCAAGAGUUCAUUAAAGAAGACAACAGAACACGAAGCGCCCAGGAUGAUAUUUUUACACAGGCUGUAAAUAUGGCAGGAUUGCCAGCAGUGAGCGUCCCUGUGGCCCUCUCAAACCAAGGAUUGCCAGUAGGACUGCAGUUUAUUGGACGUGCAUUUCAUGACCAGCAGCUUCUUACAGUUGCCAAGUGGUUUGAAAAACAAGUACAGUUUCCUGUUACUCAGCUUCAAGAACUAAUGGAUGAUUGUUCAUCAGUCUUUGAAAUUGAAAAGUUAGCUUCUGUUUCUCUAAAACAGUAGUGAUAAAUAUAGCAUGCAAAUUAAAAUAACUUAAAGAUUUUAUAUUCUAGAGAAGUCAGUUGAUCUUGUUAAAUUCCUAUAAUUUGGUUCAUUGUCAACACAAUCAUUCCUUGGGAUCACUUUUUAAAACGCUUGUGAUAUAGUUAAUUAAUAAGUUAUCUAUCAGCAUUUAUUAAAUAUCCACUAAGUGUAAAGUACAGGAUUUUUCCAUUAAUACAAGAUACAUGUUCCUGAAAAAUGAUGCAUUUGCAAAAAUGUUCAUUAAUGGGGAUCCCUGGAUGGCUCAGCGGUUUAGUGUCUGCCUUCGGCCCAGGGCAUGGUCUUGGAGUCCUGGGAUCGAGUCCCGUGUCGGGCUUCCUGCAUGGAGCCUGCUUCUCUCUUUAGGUCUCUGCCUCUCUGUGUGUGUGUGUGUCUCUCAUGAAUAAAUAAGUAAAAUCUUAAAAAAAAAAAAAAAAAAAAAAAAGUUCAUUAAUAAGAACAGAGCUUAGAGUAAAAGUAAGCUUAGGUAUAACCCUCUCAAAACUUGUACAUCUUAUAACCAAAGUGCUAAUAAGAGCUGUAAUGUGUACCUCCAGAGAGAACCUGAACAGGCAGGCAGAUUGGCAAUUCAAUGGUGGUGGAGGCUGCCUCAGGGAAUGUUAAAAUGCACAAAAACAAUAAAUGGGAAUACUUGGUUCUGAGUGCAGAACAAAAGAGUCAGAAGAGGAGCUCUGAGCCCUGGAGGAAGUGCAACCUGCUGGGGACCAGAGUCAUGCAAGACUGAGGGUGUGUCUCUCUGGGGAAGAGCCCAGGUGCAGACCCUCUUUAUUUCUCUAAAAAUAGAGCUGCAGUGACUGAAAACUUUCUCCUUUUUUGCUAAAGGUGAAAAUUUUACUUCUGCUAUCCCAGAACCUCAUGCCAAGGAACAGAAGAACUCCAUGUUAGACUGACUUCAUUUUCCUAGUUACCAUUCACAGAUGAACUCACUGGUAUCCUAGAAACAUUUGUUAUAACCUAAGACCCCAUAUUGGACUUGAAACUUGGUAGGUAGUGGAGCAUGACUUUAGUGAGAAAGUUUCAAGAUAUACAAGUACAUCCAGUGUGAAAAACUUGUAGAUAAUUUGGUGAGGAUGCCGAAGACAGAAAAGCCCAUAGCCUCCUCCCUUACCCUAGAGUCUCUAUUCCUUAUGGUUUCUUUAUCCCCUUAGCUUAGCUUUCUUUACAAGUGCUAUUUGGGUCCCUUGAGCUCAGAGAUAUAAACAAUCUGUAUUCAAUUUGGAAAAAAAAUUUAUGAAAAUCAUAGAUUAACCCACUAUAAGAUUUCAUCAUUGGAUUUGUCUUGGCCAGAACCCCAUCAUCAUCCCGUGUUGAUCAGGUCUUCUAAUUUGGCACUUAUGUUACUGAUAAGUAUAAGUGGGAAACUGAAUUAUUUUUUAAUAAAUUCACUUCGUUUAGUAAGGAAAAAGUCUAUUCUAUGAAGUACAUGAGGGGAAAAUCUAAGUGGUGGAGAGCCUUCUGCAGAGCCCCUAGAAUGUUGCAUCAUAGGAGGUUAACCUGCCUGUUACUUUUUCUUUAAUUUCUCUCCUCCCAGGAUCCUUCCACUCCCAAACACUCAGUUUGACAACCUUUGUAUUAAAUCUUUCAGGCCCACUAGUCUUUUUAUAAAUCUUGACUCUGAAUCGCUGAAAGGAAGAAAUUCAUAACAGAAUUGCAUUAUUUUAUAACAAGGAAAAAACAUCUUAGCUGAAGGAGCUAACAUGAUGUAAAAAGCAAACAAAUGAUAAAAUCUUUGCCCCAGUCUUUUCUUAAUGUGUGUAUAAUAUGAAAUAAAUUUUUUUCAAAGAAUA